AAGAUAAAUGUUUUUGAAACUGAUAGCUUCAAAACUGUAUGGUCUCACAAAGGUGAGGAGUACAGAGAUAAAAUGCAUGGUGCCUACUGUGAAACAUGAUGGUGGCAGUGUCCUUCUGUGGGGCUGCAUGAGUGCUGCUGGUGUCGGGGAGAUGCAUUUCAUUGAUAGCAUCAUGAAUUCACAGAUAUACUACUCUAUAUUAAAAGAGAAGAUACUACCGUCACUACAUGCCCUUGGUCGUCGUGUACUUUUCCAAUGUGACAAUGAUCCAAAACACACAUCUAAGGCCACUGUUACAUUUCUG